AUGGCGACGCCUCGUCGCACCUCUCAGCAGCAGCAGCAGCCAAACUCCCUGCUGUCCUCCCCGCCCCGCGGCCCCUCUGGCUCUCCGCCGGCACCCACCGACGAUGUCACCCCGCUUCCCCAAAGAGGCGCAAUGGAGAACGCAGCUGACGGUGAGGUAACCCCUGCCUCUCCCACCACCACCUCCCCAGCUCUGGCCCUCACCGCCAGCAGCAGCAGCAGCACUAGCAGCAGCGCUAGCUCGCCGACCACCACCGAGGGUAGCGGGACCAGCCCCGGCUCUACGCCCGACUCGGGCAGCGGUAACCCGGGUAGCAGCAGCAGCAGUAGCAGCAGCAGCAGCGGUGGUGGAGGUGCAAACGGGGCGUUCAGGGAGCUGUUCGAAGCCUGUCGAAACGGGGAUGUUUCUAGGGUGAAGAAACUCGUGGAUGCGGUGAAUGUGAACGCUAAAGACAUGGCAGGACGCAAAUCUACACCCCUGCAUUUCGCUGCAGGUUUUGGCCGGAAAGAUGUGGUGGACCAUUUGCUUCAGACGGGUGCUAAUGUGCACGCAAGGGAUGACGGGGGUCUGAUCCCGCUUCACAACGCCUGCUCGUUUGGUCACUCCGAGGUAGUGUCCUUGUUGCUGUGUCAGGGGGCCGACCCUAAUGCUCGAGACAACUGGAACUACACACCACUCCAUGAAGCUGCCAUCAAGGGCAAGAUAGAUGUCUGUAUAGUGUUACUGCAGCAUGGAGCCGACCCCAACAUCCGCAACACCGAUGGCAAGUCCGCCCUGGACCUGGCUGAACCCUCCGCCAAGGCCGUGCUCACAGGUGAAUACAAGAAGGAUGAGCUGCUGGCGGAAACGAGGAAAAGCUAAUGGCCUUGCUCACUCCGCUCAACGUCAACUGCCACGCAAGCGACGGCCGCAAGUCCACUCCACUUCACCUGGCAGCAGGAUACAACAGGGUGAGGAUAGUUCAGCUGUUACUACAGCACGGAGCAGAUGUUCACGCCAAGGACAAAGGUGGUCUGGUGCCUCUACAUAAUGCCUGCUCCUAUGGACACUAUGAAGUUACUGAGCUGCUGCUAAAGCAUGGAGCAUGUGUGAACGCCAUGGAUCUAUGGCAGUUCACCCCACUCCAUGAAGCCGCAUCUAAAAACAGAGUGGAGGUCUGCUCUCUACUGCUGAGCCACGGGGCUGACCCGACCCUGCUCAACUGCCACAGCAAGAGCUCUGUGGACAUGGCGCCCACUCCUGAGCUGAAAGAGAGACUUACAUAUGAGUUUAAGGGCCACUCACUGCUUCAAGCUGCUCGGGAAGCUGACAUGGCCAAGGCUAAGAAAACCCUGGCGCUGGAGAUCAUCAAUUUCAAACACCCUCACACACACGAGACUGCGCUGCAUUGUGCAGUAGCAUCGCCGCACCCGAAGAGGAAACAGGUGACGGAGCUGCUGUUGAGGAAAGGCGCCAACGUAAAUGAGAAGAAUAAAGAUUUCAUGACUCCUCUCCAUGUGGCAGCAGAGCGUGCUCAUAAUGACAUUAUGGAGGUGCUACAGAAACACGGUGCCAAGGUGAACGCCCUGGACACGCUGGGUCAGACAGCUUUGCACCGCGCCGCACUGGCAGGCCACCUCCAGACCUGCCGGCUGUUGCUAGGAUACGGGGCAGACGCCUCGCUGGUGUCACUGCAGGGCUUCACUGCUGCUCAAAUGGGAAAUGAAGCUGUUCAGCAAAUACUUAACGAGAACGUGCCGGUGAGAAACUCAGAUGUGGACUACAGACUUCUGGAAGCUGCUAAAGCCGGAGACCUGGACACUGUCAAGUCAUUGUGUACGGCUCAGAAUGUGAAUUGUAGAGACCUGGAGGGACGACACUCCACUCCCCUUCACUUUGCUGCUGGCUACAACAGAGUGUCGGUGGUGGAGUACCUGCUGCACCACGGGGCCGAUGUGCACGCCAAGGACAAAGGUGGUCUGGUCCCCCUCCAUAACGCCUGUUCGUACGGUCACUACGAGGUGGCCGAGCUGCUGGUCAGACACGGAGCCUCGGUCAAUGUGGCUGACUUGUGGAAGUUCACGCCGCUCCACGAAGCCGCUGCCAAGGGCAAAUACGAGAUCUGCAAACUGCUGCUCAAGCACGGAGCAGACCCCACCAAGAAGAACCGAGAUGGGAACACGCCUCUGGAUCUGGUAAAGGACGGGGACACCGACAUCCAGGACCUGCUGAGAGGAGACGCCGCACUGCUGGACGCCGCUAAGAAAGGCUGCCUGGCCAGGGUGCAGAAGUUAUGUAGCCCCGACAACAUCAACUGUCGGGACACGCAGGGACGCAACUCGACACCUCUGCACCUUGCAGCCGGCUAUAACAACUUGGAGGUAGCAGAGUAUCUGUUGGAACAUGGAGCCGAUGUGAAUGCACAGGACAAAGGAGGGCUGAUACCUUUACACAAUGCUGCUUCAUACGGGCAUGUGGACAUUGCCGCCCUGCUGAUCAAGUACAACACGUGCGUCAACGCCACGGACAAGUGGGCAUUUACUCCCCUCCAUGAAGCAGCCCAGAAGGGGCGGACUCAGCUCUGUGCUCUGCUAUUGGCCCAUGGAGCUGAUCCCACCAUGAAGAACCAGGAGGGACAGACGCCGCUGGACUUGGCCACGGCUGAUGAUAUCAGAGCACUGUUGAUUGACGCCAUGCCGCCAGAUGCCCUGCCGAGCUGUUUAAAACCCCAGGCCACCGUGGUGAGCGCAAGUGUGGUGAGUACCGGUGCGGCAGGGGGCGUGGUCAUCUCUCCCUCCCCAUCCCCAUCUUGCCUGUCUGCAGCCAGCAGCAUAGACAACCUGACCACGCCCCUCAGUGACAUCACCGUGGGUGGGGCCACUGGACCAGCAGACGGAGCAUCUGGGUCUGACAGGAAAGAAGGAGAAACUCUGCUCGACAUGACCAUCAACCAGUUCUUGAAGAGUCUAGGGCUGGAACACCUCCGAGACAUCUUCCAGCGGGAACAGAUUUCGCUGGAUGUGUUGGCAGACAUGGGUCACGAGGAGCUGAAAGAGAUCGGCAUCAACGCCUACGGCCACAGACACAAACUCAUCAAGGGCAUCGAGAGGCUGCUAGGAGGCCAGCAAGGUGGGAACCCGUACCUGACGUUCCACUGCUCCAGCCAGGGCACCGUGCUGAUUGACCUGGCACCGGACGACAAGGAGUUCCAGUCUGUGGAGGAGGAACUGCAGAGCACAAUCAGAGAGCACCGCGAUGGAGGCAACGCAGGUGGAGUCUUCAGCCGGUACAACAUCAUUAAGAUUCAGAAGGUGGUGAAUAAGAAGCUACGGGAAAGAUACGCACACAGACAAAAAGAAAUUGCUGACGAGAAUCACAACCAUCACAACGAGCGAAUGCUCUUUCACGGUUCUCCCUUCAUCAACGCCAUCAUCCAUAAGGGCUUUGAUGAGCGACAUGCUUACAUCGGUGGCAUGUUCGGUGCCGGGAUCUAUUUUGCUGAGAACUCCUCCAAGAGCAACCAGUACGUGUACGGGAUUGGUGGAGGCACAGGAUGUCCCACCCACAAAGACCGCUCCUGCUACGUGUGCCACAGGCAGAUGCUGUUCUGCAGAGUGACACUGGGUAAAUCCUUUCUGCAGUUCAGCGCCAUGAAAAUGGCCCACGCCCCCCCCGGACAUCACUCCGUUAUAGGACGACCCAGCGUCAACGGGCUGGCGUAUGCAGAGUACGUCAUCUACAGAGGGGAGCAGGCUUACCCAGAAUACUUGAUCACCUACCAGAUUGUGAAGCCAGAGAGUCUAGCCACGCCUGCUGCCACCUCCGAGCAGAAGUCCUAAAAUGCAAUCGCAGCUGGACCCUGAAGAAGGCUCGACUGCAAUGGACUCACAGAGAGGACUAGAACUGAAAAAGAAGGUGUUUCAAACCUCAGACCCAAAAUAAAGGUCUCCAGAGCUGAACUCGAGGUGGGUGAGGUGAAGUGUGGAUCAGGACGACCCUCGUAAACAAGACGUGGAUGUGUCUGCGAGGAAGAAGAGGAGGAUGAUGAGGCAGUGUCUUUGAGUUUCGGGGGACAAUACAUGCUCAGUGCAAAGCAGCAGACAGUAAAAACCAGAUCAGAUUCUUUUAAUGAAUUGGGUCUAAUUUUGCAGGAGAAAAAGAAAAUGGUUUGAUCAACUUUUCUGGAAGUGUAGCAGUAAGCUGAUUUUUUUAAUUUGCAGCUCUCUGGUUUGAUCCUAAAAACAAUUAAGGAAGCAAUUAGAUCAGGACACACUCCAGAGCAAAACAAACGUCCCUGAUUUUGCACCUUUGCACUGCUUAUGUAUUCUACCCCCAGCUUUUAAUGUGUUGUUUUGAUAUCGUGUCCUCUUUCGGCUCUGUGCAUCAUCCACGGCAACAAAACAACACCCCGAGGCCACAUCCAGAAACAGCAAUUGUCGUGCUGAGAGAACAGAAAUCCGGCGCAUUUUAUGUUACAGCUUGUCACAUUUUCACCAAUGAAGCUCAUGUAAACAAGACGCCGCUCCCUGUGUUCGCUCACAUCAUCUCUGCUGUAAGCAAAGAAGAAAUGAUGAAACAAGUGUGAGCAGUGAGAAGGAAAACAGAUUACAGCGGACAAAUACCCAGAAGUCACUAAGCGGUAAACAAACAGGAGACCAGAAUCCACGGCUGUUACUCUUUUGGCUUUCCCACUACAGUUUGUACCGGGACCAUAUUCUACAUUUGUCAGAACAAACCAGUUCACAAUAUAUAGUUUUUUUUGGAUUACUUGGCCAGUACUUGAUGACAAUCAAGCAGCAACCACAGUAGCUCAAUGUGAUAGGCUGAGACACCUGUCAGUCAAGCCAAAAUGCCGCUCUUUGGGCCUUAAUUUUCUUUUAAUGAAAAUGUUAUUUCUAAAUUUGGUCCAGUAUGCAACUUAUACGAGUGUGAUGUAGGAAUCUGAAGCCACAAGUGCACAGACACUGAGAAUGGAGUUUAUAGUGAAGUCGGAGUAGCAGGAAAACUUUAGAAAUGAACACAAUUAGCAUAUUCAUAGAUUCAGGAAUUUUAAUGAGGUGGAAAGAAUAGAGGCCUUUUAAAGGAUUUUAAUGAGGAAAUUAGACUCUUUUUUUUUUGCAAAACAUAUCACACACACUGUUCCAAGCAGACUGUCUGGAGGGGAUCUUUAAGUAUAAUUAAACACUGACUUUGUGUUUCUACAGCAAGUUUUGAGGUUUUCCAAAUCAGUUUAAUACUGCGUUUUAGAGUUCGUAUCUAGAGACCAUCGUAAACAACCUUCGGCCCCCGACAGUCAAACAUGGUGGUUGCUGCUUGUUUCAGCCCAGCUCAGAUUUAAACUCAGUCUUUUACCAGAACCAGGCGGACCACGAGAGACCAGACUGCGACACUGUUAAACAUGUACAAAACGCACACUUGAUUACACUUUUCCUCUUCGUUUGUAUUACAUUUCACUCAAAAGCUGCACUUGGCAACUCAGACGGCCACAAAAACAGCCAGUUGAACUUGUCAGGUGAUAUCAUUAAACUGCACACAGGAAGCUCUGUGUUCAUCCACCCAGCAAGCAGUGGGAUCUUUUCUGCCAAACGGUUGGGAUAAAACAAUGAGCUUUCUCAUUCUUUGCGCUCUGCCGUUGCACAGUUUUGUUACAUCACCUCUUCAUCAUCUUUGGUGUGAGAAGUGACCAUUACCAACACAAGAAAGAAGCUUUGAUUGGAAGAAAAUGGGCCGUUACCCUCGGUGCAGCCACAUUGUGACUGAUCCUGGUCUCGCCAACUGCAGCUACCACUGUGUGUUACUCAAGUACAUCUGGUGCAUCUUUUUUGUGUUGUGUUUUACUGUAUCUCACAGGGACCCACAUUUUUCCUUGUGCUGUUGUUUACAUGAACCUGCUGCCUUUUUGUCCCCUUUCCUCCUUUCCCUCUCUACCUUUUAACUGUUGGCACCCCCUAGUGGUGCAACAGAGGAAUCCCUGGCUUGCAGUAUUCAGUUGAAGAGAACAAAUGUACUGUUUGUGUGUAGGGAUUUGUUUCUACACAGCACUAUUUAUGUGUUUUUUCUGAAGCAUAUUCCAUUUUUGUGUUUUCUUCCUUGCGUCUUUAUACUAAUGGGUUUACACUCGUCAGACAUCGCAAGCAAAUGUGAAACGUGAUCCUCGUCGCUGUAUCAUGGUGAGCCAUUCAGCGGGCUGGUCGCAGGCUUCAGAGAGUUAUUUAUAGAACCAGAAAUCUGCAGGUUGACUGAGGUGGAGGAUGACGAGGAGGAUGACGAAGAGGAUAAUGAUGUUGUACAUAAAGACGAGCUAUCGCAUAUCUGUUUGCAUUAACCAUUUAUGCUGACACACUAACAUCGUAAAAGCAAGUUUAGCAAACUCCUCACACUACGUACUAUAAGCUUUGUUUUUUUCUUUUUACUACAUUGACCAUGUUUUUCUGUUUAUUUAUGAUCAUUAUUUUUAAUUAAUGACACUGUACACCAUAUGGGACCACGCCUGAGUUCAGCUUCUGUCAUGUCGAUCAUGUCAGGUCAAGUCCAGCAGUGCUCAAGGACAAGAAAUUCCCCAAAAAAACUGUGGAGAACGGAGAGAGCGACGGCCUUAAAGUUUUUUUUUAGAAUAAAUAGAUUGGUUUGAAAUCACUUGGAAACUCACCAGAGAGAGACAGCUGUUACAAAAUCAAACAACUAGAGAGGGACAGGCCAUUCCAAUUUGACAAAGCUGUUCCGAUUUUUAUAUUUGAUUGCUUUGUAUGUUGACUUUGUUUGCAUUACAGUGUCUGUGAGUCAAACUCAGAUUUCAGCUGAUUUGCAUUUUCAAGGUGAAGAUGACGUUGGUCUGAGCCAAGUGCAAACGAGCAUGAAAUCUGUGUUCAGGGUGAAAUGAACCUAAAACCUUCAUGUGUUUUUCAGAAAAAAAGUUGACUGGCAGCUCAAAAUAACCACCACUGAGACUCAACUAAACCUUUUUGUCUGACUAUUUUCCAAGCUGUGAAGUUUUCACAUCAGCCCUUUCCCAAUCAGUACUGGCGCCCACACAUUUGAUAGCAGUGGUUCAUCCCAUUUACAAUUAGUGAUAAUAAAAAUAAUUUGAGUAGCAGCACAUUUCGGCAAAUUACAAAGUGAUUCAUUGCAGGGAAAAUGAAAAGGCAAUGAAUUAAAAGUGAAAAAUGUAAUAAGUAGACAGGAACAACAACUGAUGGCUGAAGUAAAAAUUAUAGAAACUAAUAAGCUUGAAAUUAGAUAAUAAUGGGAAAAAAAGUUUUCAAAGGGAAAACAAAACAGACUGGGACACAGUCCAGUAUAUGGUUUUUAUUUGUUUUUAAGAUACAUAUACCAUUACGAUGGUGAUUUUACCUGCCUGGAAGAUGUUUCUCUUACACACACAGUGUCCCUCAAAUGAUUGUUUUUUUGCAUCAGAAGAUCUGGCAUUUGACAAACGAAGCCAGUGUACAGCUGACCAGCCAGAAUUACGUUCUCCUGUUUAACCCCCUCUGUGUUGUCCCUUAUCAGAGUCAGCACUGGGACGAAGGUUUCAGACGAUACUGGAAUAACAUCCAGAGCAGGUGGAGUUUAUGGUGUUGACCUCAUUAAGGUCAGCAGCACCGUAUGAUUUAUUAGCAGAGAGCCGUGGGCUUUGUUUUAACUGAGACUGUACAUAAACUAACUCCAGAUGGGCCUAUUAAUUGGUCUUUUAUGGAUGAUUUUGAGUUUAUUUUUCUUGCUUUUUUGUCUUUUGAAAGACGUUUUUUAUGUGACAACUAUUUGAAUUGUGUUUGAGCUGGUCUGUCUCUACUUAUCUGUCUCAAGGGCCAGUCAGCCAUCAUGUUGUAAAUAGUUUGGAGGGGUGUGUGUGUGUGCGCGUGUUCGAGGAAUCCAUGCCUCACCCUCUGACCUGCCUUCUACCAAAAGCCACCAGUUUAACACAUUUCCUCAUCAGUAAUGUUUGACCUACGGUUGUACAGACGGUUGUACAGAGCUGCUCACCAGCUAACAUGUGGAACAGAGAAUCUCCUCAUUCUUGUACAGAAGAAAAUCCUUAAUAAAAAGAACUU